UCAGUGCAGUACGGAGCGCCGCUUGUGUGUAAAAGCAGAAAGCGCGCUGGAGAAAAACGGAGAGACUUCGAUCAAGGAACAGAUGAGAAAGGAGGAGCAGUGUGAAAAAACGAAGGAUCUAUAAUGGAAAACAACAACAACUGUGUGUGUUUAACCUGUAAUUUUACAGCUAAAACUCAAACUGCACUGAAAAUUCACUACAAGAGAAAGCAUGGCAGCAGCACCACCCCACUCCCUUCAGACCAACCUAUGACCAACAUGCCCCCUCCAGACCAUCCUGGCACCACCCUGCCCUGUACAGAUCACCCCAGCACCAUCCCACCUCCAACCGAAUCCUCCAGCACACAACCCCCUGCAAACCAGCCCAGCACUACACCAACACUUAUAGACCACCCCAGCGCAUCGGCAAUUAUGACAGAGGAGACAAACACCAUGGCACUUCCGACAGAUCACCAUAUAGACCACCCUGGCACCACACCGCCCAUGACACACCACCCCAGUGCCACACAGCUCAUUAGAGAGCACCCCAAUACCACCUUUUCCUCUGCAGAUCACACUCGUACCAUGGCAAGUUCUACAGACCACCCAAACACUAAUGUGCCAGCUGUAAGCCACCUUAGCACCGCGCUACACUCGACAGAUCACCAAGGCCCCACGCCCACGACUACAGACCAUCCUGAAGUUCAGCAGAUUGAAAGAUUGUACUGUCGGUGCUGUGGCUUUUACACCUGCACAGUUGAGGAGAUGAACACCCACUUGAGUGAGGAGUCGCACACAAAAUCUGCAAUGGAGAAAAACAUUGAACCCAUGUUUGAGCAGUGUGUGGAAAAAGUUCUUGUUAUUCUCUUAAAUGAACAGAAAAGAAAAGAAGAGCAGAAUGAUCAGGGAGGUAACGAGGGUAUUGGUGGUAACGAGGAUGGUAUUGAGGAUAUUGAUGAUGGUGGUAACAGAGAAUCAGCUGAACACACGUUAGCGGAGUUAAAUGUGGAGCUUAGUGUUCCAAACAAACGUAAACGUGGAAGGCCGAAGUCAUCCCAGGUAACGAGGUGCAGUCACUGUGGCCUUGUUGCUUCCAAUCUUACCAAUCUGAGUGUGCAUAUUCGCCGAAAACACAGCCGCCUGUACAGCUUUCACUGCAAACUGUGCAAUUACUCCUGUGUUACUAAAGGUGACAUGGACCGGCACUGUGAAACCAAAAAGCAUCUAAAACGAGUGCAAAGCAACAGCGAUAGCCAGGAUGUAAUUGUAUUGCUGAAUCCUGAACAGGGAGCUCGAGGCACUGACGGGGAAAACACACAGAACACGGAAAGCACCACUGAGCAGGAAACACCAGCUGUAGAGGAGGAAGGAGAGACGGAGGGAACAGAAAGUAACAUCCCCUGUAAGAAAAGCCGGAAUGAUGCUGGAAACUCGUGCGUUCACUGUGACUUCGUUGCACAGUCAGUGUUUUCACUGGAGCUUCACGUGCGCCGCAAACACACACAGGAUUUUGAGUUUGUGUGUUUGGCGUGCAAUUAUUAUGCAGUGACACACAGAGAAAUGUCUCGACACACAGUAACUGAAAGGCACAAACACAAGCGGCAGAGCUACUCACAGAAACAGCAGAAUGCGCAGCAACACUCUGAAAAUUCAAAGCAACUUAUUGAUCAGAGUCAGAGGUCAGGCCAUGAUUGUACAGAUGCUGUGGAUGAAGAUACAGGAAACUCCAUCAGUCCAAGAACAGAAAACACAAAUCUCACUGAAGACUCGUUAGACGUCAGUAAUCAGACACAGAGUGCAGUUGGAUCCUCAGAGAGAGAUGGGAAAAACCAUGAGGACGACGACAAUGAUGAUGAUGAUGAUGAUGAAAAUGAGGAUGUAAGUGAAGAUGUAAGUGAGACACUAGCUGAAUCUAGGACAAGUGGGUUUAGAUCAACAGGGUUUGAUGAGUGUGUACUUUAUCUGAAGGUGCAGAGCAACAGACAGCAGGGAGCAAAUGAAGAAGAAAUUAGUCAAUCUUUCCAUCAGGUAGAGAAAAUGGACAGGUUAACCAAGGGACAGGAACAAGAAGUGAGUGUGCGCAUUCGUUGUGGCGACUGUGGCUUCAUGGCGGAGGGGCUGAGCGGGCUGAACGUCCAUAUCACUAUGAAACACCCUUCUAAGGAGAAAAGCUUCCAUUGCUUGAUGUGUGGUAAGUCCUUCCCCUCUGACAGUCACCUGCAGCAACACCUGAGCAGCUCAGUACACCUGAGGACGGAACGUGACAGUGUUGAUGAGAAAUCUGAUGGCGGGGCAGCUUUUCGGUGUGUGCGCUGUAAUGAACCGUGUGCCUCUGAGCAGGAACUCUUCGUUCAUAUUAAAGAGAAACAUGAGGAGCUGCUUCAGGAGGUCAACAAAUACAUACUGGAGGAUACAGAGCAGAUUAACCGGGAGCGCCAAGAAAACCCGGGCAAUGUCUGCAAGCACUGUGGCAAAGUGUGCAGGAGCUCCAACUCCAUGGCUUUUCUUGCCCACAUCCGCACACAUACAGGCUCAAAGCCAUUUAUGUGCAAGAUCUGUAAUUUUGCAACAGCGCAGCUUGGAGAUGCUCGAAAUCAUGUGAAGAGACACCUGGGCAUGAGGGAGUUCAAAUGUCACCUUUGUGGAUGGGCUUUUGUGAUGAAGAAACACCUGAACACACACCUGCUGGGAAAACACGGACUGGGCCAGCCGAAGGAUCGAAAAUACGAGUGUGAGGUGUGUGAGCGUAGUUUCAGUGAGAAAUGGGCUCUAAAUAACCAUAUGAAGCUACAUACUGGACAAAAGCCCUUCAAGUGCUGCUGGCCAUCCUGCCAUUACUCCUUCCUUACUCACUCUGCAAUGAAGGACCAUUACAGAACCCACACAGGUGAGAAGUCUUUCCUGUGUGAUCUGUGUGGUUUUGCUGGUGGAACUCGACACGCCCUCACCAAACACCGCCGGCAGCACACAGGUGAAAGACCGUUCCAGUGUAAUCUGUGCAGUUUCGCAUCGACAACUCAGUCUCACCUGACUCGUCACAAACGAGUUCAUACAGGAGAGAAACCGUACCGCUGUCCCUGGUGUGAUUACAGGUCGAACUGCGCAGAGAAUAUCCGAAAGCACAUUCUGCACACGGGGAAACAUGAAGGUGUGAUGAUGUAUAACUGUCCUCGCUGUGAGUUCUGCACCAACACCCCGUCUGAAUUCCGCAACCACCUGAAGGAUAAACAUCAGGACAUCGAGAACCCAGACCUAGCAUACCUUCACGCAGGAAUUGUGUCAAAGUCAUAUGAGUGCCGGCUGAAAGGUCAGGGGUCAUCAUAUGUGGAAGCUGACACCCCCUUUACGCCAGAUGAAAGUCGUUUGGGAGCCGAGACGCUGCAGCAGGUGAUCAUCAUCCAGGGCUACGAUGAGGAGGCGGGGCUACAUGGAGCAGAGCUGGAGGAGGCGGAGCUUGAAGAAUCGGCUGCGGCCACUCUGCACACGCUCGCCAUGUCAUCAUCCGUUAACGGUGAACUUCUACAGGUCACGCAGGAUGGAUGCGUCGUUCCCUACACGCACAAAAACUAUGUGCUGGUGGAGUCGGCAGUGGGGCAAACACAGCAUGAGGCAGGGAAAGCACCCCAGGUGAUGGACCAGGAAGGGGCGGGGCACGCAACAGCGCUGGAUGCACUGCUGUGUGCGGUGACUGAGCUUGACCAGCAGGGUGAUACUGCUCAGCAGGAUGUCAGCUCCGUGGUGGAGCAACCGGGCCACGCACAGGAGGAGGAACAAGAAGCGGUGCAGGUGUAUGGGGAGGUCGUACAGGUGUUAAGCCACACCCACCAGGAGGUGCUGCAGUUUGCUGCCAAUCAGCUGAUGAUGAAGGAGGGGCUAACGCAGGUGAUUGUGAACGAUGAAGGAACGCAUUACAUUGUGACUGAACUGACUGACUCCGCCCUCCAGGUGGAUGGAACUAUAUACCAUCAGGGCUUGGGGGAGGAGUCCAGACAGAGGGAGGAGCCUGUGAGGGAAACUGAGAAUGAGGCUCCAGUCACAUACACACAAAUUACCAUGGACCAGGAUGCUCAGGUGUGAUUGGGGCUGGCUCCACCCACUAAUUAAUAAUUUAUAUGAUUUAAUUCAGGAGGCUCAGAGUGAAAAAGUACAGCCCUAAUUAUUAUUAUAAUACCACAGAAAGUGUCUGUACCAAAUAAUCUAACAUAAAUAAACAUAAAAUGUAUAGUAACACGUGUGUGUGUGUGUGUGUGUGUGUUCAGCAUAAAAAUAUUGAUCAUAAUAAACAAUCUGAACAUGUCACUGAUGUUACUGUUGGGCUUUUU